ACUAGCUCAUGGCCAGAGAGCGCAGUGGCACUGGGCUGCUGAACCGCUCUGUUUGUCGUUAGAGCACCGUCUUUACUAUUUCCAGUUCCACCCUGCGGCUAUUACGCGCUGAACCUGGACUAACGUUACAUGUUUCCUUUUGGCCUACUCGGUAUGUAUUAGUCCUCAUAUCCUGCCGCAGAGGACACCAUCGUGUGAUGACCCGCACAGACCUGCAGCAUCACAGUGUAAGGAUGGUGUGACACUCAGACAGACGGAACAGUCACCGCUCUCCACUCACAGGCAGACCAUGGCUCCCAAGUGUCUCCUUUUCCUGGGCUUCCUCCUCUCCUCCCUCCAUCCUUCAGUUGCCCAGACCAUCAUUGGCUCCUCUUCUUCAUUCUCUGCUCCGGACCUGCCUAAUAAUUCCUCACCUCACCCUACAAAGCAGACUGCUGGAUUCUGGCCUUCUUUCCCUCCCAGAGGGCGCACUGAUGUGCCUAUCAGAGCUACAGUCCAGGAUAGACAGAAAAAUACUAAUGCAGUGCAACAGGGGCGAACAAGCCGUCCUAUCCCACAGUUCACUCCUCCAUUAGUAUCUGCUUUAUCCACGCAGAACCUCAGCAGUGGGCUAAUUUUAACUCAACCCACUGCCUCCAGGUCCAGAACUGAUACAGCUGGUUUAGCAUUGAACGGGGCUUUUGUAAAGGAAGAUACUACUACAAAAGGCUCAAUUCCACCUUUGCCAACUUUCCCCUCUGCUGCUUUCACUGAGUCUACAGGUGAUAAGCCAGUGACAGCAGGACAUUCAGAAGAGGGAUCACCCAAAGAGACGGAGGAUGAGGAUUUACACGGGCUGGGAUCAGGUCAUAUUCCAACGGUAAUGCCUGUGAAGGAGGAAUCAUCUGUUCCUCAGGCAACGGUUGAGGAUGAAAUGGCGCAGUAUGAGCCACAGGCACAGACGGCAAACGCUUUUGAUGUAGAAACACCACCAGAGGGAAGUCAGGCUAUGAACCCUUACCUGCCUGUGCUUACAACAGCCGGUAAAAUCUCUACAACGCCACAGACUGAGACAAGAGCCACCCCCUCCCCUGUGGUUACCCAGGCAACUGUAGUAUUAACAGGUAAACUGACAGAGAACACUCCUUCCACCGUGAGAGCUACUCCAAAGCAGGCUGCUGUGACACUGCCCCAACCCACAACUACCACCACUGGCUCUAAACAGUCACGGGCUGAAGAACAACAAACCACAACACAGCAAGUAACAACCACAUCUACAAAAAGUGUGCUUACUACAACACAGGAGGCAGUGAGAAAACUCACCAAAACAACACCUCAACCCAACGAAAUGGAACAUCUGGGAAGAAGUACAUCUAGCCCAACUAUACAGUCUUCAAGUACAGGGACCUCCACUGGUGUCAUGCGAACAAGACUAAGCCCCACAUUUCAGGCUGAUAUUGUUAAGAGGAACCGCUCCGUUCUCCUUGGACAUCCAGCUCCACACACUACCUCUAACCCAGCCCCGUCCCCCAGCCACAGCCCCUCCUCUAACGGCACACUUCUCUACUGGGGUGAUCUGAGCCGGACGCUGGCAUUCGCCUGGGAGCUGCAUGUCUACGGCUCCGUGAGCCUCUUCCUCCUCCUGUUUGCUGGAGCGGCUCUCGGCCUCACCCUGUCCCCCGGCGCAAACUGUCCUCAUCGGGGGGCUCUUGCACUGGCCAAUGCACUUUUGUUUCUUGCUGGAGGCCUCAGGGCGGCUCUUUUUCUGAUGGACCCCUAUGGCACCAGGAAGUUCCUGCCUCGCCCCGCGGUUACUGCCCUCUAUAACCUGCCUCUCCACCUGCUGGUGUGGGCACAGGCUGCCCUGGCACUGCUGGCUUUGAGGGUGGCAGGAGUGAGUGUGUUACCUUCCUCUUUGGAGCGUCCCCCUCUGGUGGCAGUGCUGGCUGUGUUGCAGUGCACCCUGCUGCUGGCCGCUGAUCUGCUGUCCCCAGCCCUGUCCCCUGUGGUGCCCGUCACCCUGCAGGUCAUGGCCCUGUGCUGGGGCCUAGCUCUCUGUCUGGGCUUCCUAUGCUAUGUGUUUCCCCGUUUACGCUGCCCUACCAUACCCCACCAUGGAGUUCCUGAAGAGGCCAGGAGGAAGGCUUGGACAGGGAGCAGGAGGACAGGGGUGAUCCUGGGGAGGGUGCUGGCAGUGUGUGCAGUCCUGGGGGCCCUGUGCUGUGGGCUACAUGUCCAUGCCACCUUAUGGCUCUAUGGACUGCUAGGGGACUGGACGCGCUUCAACUGGGGUUGGUGGCUGGUGCACUUCUGGGCCCGGCUCCUUGAGCUGGCCUGGGGAUUCUCCCUCCUCCUCCUGGGCUCCUGGGUGUUCUGGAGGCCGCAAGGUUGUCAUGGAAGAGAGGAGGGGGGACCGGAUGGCAGGGCAGCAGGAGACUUGCCAUCCCCUGGCCAAUCUACAGGCUCCUCUCAAAGACACACCUGCUGGUCCAAGAUAGUCCAGAGCCUGAGGGGGAAGCCCUGUAAAAAGUCUGACAGUAAUGGGGUGGGAGGAGGAGGAAGUGGAGGUGGAGGAGGAGGAGGAGGAGGGGGACCAGGGGAGGUGCCUAACAACUGGGCUGGUCAGGAGCGUCCUGGAGCUGACAUCAGCAAGAAUCUGAUCAGGAACCAGAACCACGAGCAGGCCACGGCCCAGCCACGCUGCGUCAAAGACAGCAACAGGGGACGCAACAAUAGGGGCCACUCUGCUGAGCGGGUCCUCUCUGACGGCUCCACAGGUUCCCUGCUCAGACUUCAGGCGCUGGGCCGGCCCCCUCAGCGCUCUGUGAGCGGCAGUCUGGAUCUGGAGGGGGACACUACACUGUCUCUUUACGAGUUCGACCUGCGGCCCCCAUCACCUAUUGACCUGACCCGCAGCAUUGACGAGGCGCUGCACAGGGAGUACCUGCUCGGAGGAGGAAGCUUGUUUCACCCUUUUGCCCAAGCCUCACAGUGCCCCUCCCCGGGGUCAGGGGUCAGUCAGGGUCCCUGGCUCCGCAGGAACAGUGAUCCUCAGAUGCUUUCUGAUAGCAGCGAGGCAACAGAGUCUUCAAUGCCACUAGGGGGCAGCGUGCUCAGCAGUGUCCCCAGCAGACAGGUGACUGCUCCCCCCACGCCCUCCCACCAGGGUAACAGGUGGCCUGGGAACGCGAUGGGAAGCGUCCCUUCAUCAGUGUCCUGCCCUGUGUCACUUCGUCCCUCCAGAACGUCAACAGGGGAUCUGGGGGAGGACGGAGUGGACGACACGCGUCCGUUCAUCACCCCAGACUCAGAGAGGGUGCGGGGGAGGGCUGGGAGGCCGGCGGGGUCGCGGAGUUACCUGGAGGUCAGCCGACAUGACGACUCUGCCAGUGUCAGCAGUGAAAUCAUUGAUCUAUGAACCAAACUUUGGACAUGAGGACCAAUUACCACACAUUAAACACCCAUUUAACAAAAACUUUUCCUGAUCAAGACUUCAAACAAAUUGGGAACAUUUGAUCAUUGCCUAAGAAUGAAUCAUUUUUAGAAAAGGGAAACUAUUCAAAAGUGUCUCUUGGUGAUGACCUUAAAGGAUAUCACCUAGUCGCCUUUUAUCUUGUUAAAGGAUUUAACAUCUGUGUUUGGGAAAAAAUAUAUGUUAUACCUUUACUCUGGGAGUAAAAUUGGAAAUAUAGCACAGACAAAUGUCACGACACACUCAUCUUUCUUUCUCUCUCACACUCACACACACGCACGCACACCUACACACACACACAAAAACAUAUCUCCUUUGUUUUUAUGUUAUUCUCUCGGACACGCCUGCAAAGCACUGGUGUCGUCUCCAGUAAAUCGAGAACAGACGCGCAUUACAACAAUUCCUUGAUAGGAUUUUUGCAGAUCCCUACAAGUAAUGCGUGUGAAAUGCGUAGUGAAUGUAUUCUUCCCAUGUCCGGGAACAGCACUGAGAGGUUCAAUACAUUUCAAGGGUAGGAAACAAAGGCUCCAAGCAUCUAUAAGUCCCAUUCCUAUUGUUUUCGUGAAAAAAUGUCUGCAUAUCAACAAUUAUGGAUUUCAUUGCCCUCAUAGUUUAUUUGCGGUCUCCCUUAUUUGAAGUUGCUUUGUAAUGUAAAGAUGUGCCAUACAUAACCUUGGAUGGUUCUGCGUUAUUUUUAUGGAUCUAUAAACCCAUUAUUUGGGUUAACUCUCACGAGCGUCUUGCCAGUAUCAUAGUGACUCAGCAACAGAUCACUAAGCUCCUAAUGUGCUGCUGUGUUCAUCCAGUCUUCCUUCAAUGCUGUUAAGCUGGUUACAUUAAGAGGUACGUAGUUAAACAUGACAACAAACAUGCAGAUGCAUGCUUGUUUGUGAAACUGUUGCUGAAGCUUUUAGCUGUAGCUCAACUGCACAAUGAACAUCAAGCAUUGACCUGUGAGGUUAAUGCAUUUUAUCUUGUCAUUUUGCUGUAGGACCAAGCUUUUGCCAACAGUAAUUAUUUACAAUUAAAGCCUCUGACUGCAUUUUUACGAGAUUUGAAGAAAAAUAUUA